UGCUGCAAAGGAAAAAAAGCAAGAUGGGAACGCCAUUGUGCAUGUUGGCUGCAGUGAUUUUUCUGGGAGGUAACGUGUGCGGAGACAAUGCAACAACCCCGAGUCUUGCAGUAUUCAACUUCACAAUCCCGGUAGUGGUGAGAUGGACCGAGGCAGAGAAUGUGGAGGAGCAGAGGAGAGACGGAGUGACUCCAACACAGACAAAGCUGCUCUCCACCAGCAGCAGCAGCUCUGUCAAAGAAAAGCAACCAGACACCACAGAUGUCAGCGAAGACAGAAAAAAACUGAAGCACAAGGAGAAAAAUGACAAACAUGACCACAAUACAAAGGCUGAGAAAGAAGAACUGGCCUGCCCUCCUAUCGGCCUGGAGUCCCUGCGAGUUGAUGACAGCCAGAUGCAUGCCUCGUCCUACCAGAGAACUGGUCUGGGCCCUCACAGAGGAAGACUCAAUAUCCAGGGCAGCCCAGGAAGCGAACACGCUCCUGGUAGAAUGUGCCUUCACGCCGACCGGCAGGGGGCCGUGCCCUGCGGCGUAGGUGUGGCAGAUGACAUCCACAAUGCAGUGGGAGAGUCCCCCCAACUGAGAUACCAUGGGACGCCCGACAUAGGCCCCCUAGCAGUGGGAACCAUGGUCAUGCUGGCCAAUAUGGAGCCACCAGCAGCACCCUGUGGCCCUCCUUGA